AUGACACAGUAUAGUAUGCCUUCGACUCGUUCAUCCUAUAAAUCCGAGUCUGCACAUCAUUCGUCUUUGACCACCACCACACGCUCUUCAACGAAACUCUCAAGGAAGAAAAAUGACAAUGACCAGGGAGAGAAGUUUGAGCUGGGAUGGCGUGGCGUCCUUGCAUUCUUCACAUUAGCUGUCCUAGCACUGAUGGCUGCUCUUGACGGAACCUCGCUUUCCGUGGCGCUUCCGGCCAUAGCAAAGGCUUUGAAAGGGACAGCUAUUGAAGCCUUCUGGAGUGGGACUUCAUUCUUACUAUGCUCGACAGUAUUCCAACCAAGCUUUGCCUCUCUUUCAUGCAUCUUCGGUCGCCGCCCCAUGGUUCUUGUCUCGCUUCUCAUGUUCUUCAUCGGUACCGUCUUCUGUGCAAUUGCCAAAAGCUUCACCUUCAUGCUCGUCGGUAGAUCAUUGCAGGGCAGCGGCGGAGGUGGCAUUAUAGCGUUAAGUGAGGUAAUUGUCACAGACCUUGUGCCGCUACGCCUUCGAGGGAAAUACUUUGGGAUAUUGAGCGCGAUGUGGAGCCUGGGGUCUGUAUCAGGACCCAUUUUGGGUGGUGGGUUUGCCGAGAAGGUCUCCUGGCGCUGGAUAUUUUAUAUCAAUUUUCCGUUCAUUGGCAUUGGGGUUAUAUUCGUCUUCUUCUUUCUGAACCUUCGGCGGAUGCCAGGUUCGCUCGUUGAAAAACUUCGUCGAAUCGAUUACAUCGGCACGUUUCUGUUUAUCUCAAGUAUGGCAUCACUUCUGAUCCCUCUGACAUGGGGUGGAAUUUCUUAUCCUUGGAACUCAUGGCAUACAAUUGUCCCGUUGGUUGUUGGGGCCGCCGGGCUGGUAUUAUUCGGCUUCUAUGAAUAUAGAUUUGCAAGAGACCCUAUCGUCCCUCCCAUGAUAUUCAACAAUCGCACGGCAACAGUGUCCUUCAUCGGAAGUGCUCUCCAAGGCUUUAUCUUGUGGUGUUCGCUGUAUUAUAUGCCGCUUUAUUUCGAAGCCGUGAAGGAAUAUAACCCAGUCAUCACAGGAGUGGCCCUCUUUCCUGCCACUUUCACCGUGGCACCCAGUGCGAUGAUCGUGGGCGCAGCAAUCAGCCGAACCGGGCGCUAUAGAUGGGCAAUCUGGUCUGGAUGGGUGGUUUCUACCAUCGGACUCGGACUGGUAUGCCUCAUCAAAGUGAACACGAGCAUCCAUGGGUGGAUUCUGCUGAACAUUGUUCCGGGGCUUGGGCUUGGCAUAUUAUUCCCUUCUCUCGGAUAUGCCGUGCAAGCCGCUGCGGUACCGAAAAACGUGCCCAUCGCCGUGGCGAUGUUCAGCUUCUUCCGCGCUCUGGGACAAGCAAUUGGGGUUGCUAUCGGCGGAGUGAUUUUCCAAAACCGAAUGCGUGCUAAUCUGCUGAAAUAUUCUUCACUUGCCGCCAGGGCGAGCGAGUAUAGUCAAGAUGCAGCCGGUCUUGUCCAGGUUAUCCAAACUAUGACGGACAGUGGGGAGAAGUCUGACCUGAAAACUGCUUAUACAGACAGCCUACGCACCGUUUGGGCGGUGAACUGUGUCAUUUCGGGAAUAGCGUUGCUACUUAGUCUUUUUCACAGAGGCGUAUGA